UGUUUAACCUGGUUCUGCCUGGAAAACAUCUCUGUCGAUGCUGGUUUGUUAUCUGGAUUCGAAACAGUUUACAUGAAUCCGUCCGUCCGUCAGUGGUCUGAGACUCUUCAUUUGGGUGGACAUGACGCACGAUAAACGUUUUUGAACUGGCGCGAACUCGGGUGACGCGGAGCCAGAGGGUCUCUGUGGGAGUUUUUAGACGUGUGGAUUCGAUCGGUGAGGAUGGACGUGCGAGCCUGUGCCCUCCCUCUAAGCCCACCGUCUUCACUCUUCUUCCGUCCACAGCCACGGUGGAGCACGACGGCUAGUAGUUGCCCAAGAAUGUCUCAAGGUGGCUCGACAUUGGUGGUUUGCUGUCAGACGUCAAGUAGCCACAAGGACCAGCCAAAGUCGAAAACGUCGCUAAGAACCUGUCGGAAUUGCAAAACCCAGUUCGAUCCAUCGCUUAACCAUCCGUCCUCAUGCCGUUUUCACACCGCCCAUUUCGGAGGGGAGACAAAGAGGAAGUUUGAAAGUGUUUACGCAGGUGGAACCAUGAACACACCUGGAUCAGGCCAAGUUUUUCAGUAUUGGCAUUGUUGUGGUUCUGAAGAUCCAUUUGAUCCAGGCUGUACCUUAGCUCCUCACUCUUCAUAUGAUGACUAAUUCUGUGCAGCAGUAAGUUUUGUACUAGUCAGGCUGCCCCGCCUUAGGUGGGGAAAAUUCAAGACCAUGUUGUAUUGAAUUAUGCAUCUGAAUUCAUGUUAUUUUGAAUCAACAGAAGUCAAGAUAAGAUUUUGAGCCGCACUUACUGAUACUGUAACCAACCAUAUUUUUCAUUGGAUCUACAUUGAACUUGAACAAACGCUUAUACUUUCUGUGCAA